AUGCAGAGGCGAACAGUGAUCACUAGCGACAGUCCGCUUCCUUCGGUCUCCGAAGUGAGUGUGGUGCAGCGGCUGCACGAUCACGACGCGAUGAUCACCCGGAAUCCCCUAGUCGUCCACUACGAGCGAUGUCAACCGCCCGCGGAUGCACCGACCGGAGAAAGCCACGCGGUAUGGUACGAAUUGACCGACCGUAUCAACUAUCUCCCAGGGCUUCGAGGCCAAGUUCGUUAUCGGGCCUGUUUCCACGAUACCCCGCAAGGGCUCCAGACGCACAUCUAUGCGCCAAUGGGGGUGGACAUCCGCAAUGAAUGGAGCGUGCGGCGGGGCGGCGAAGGGCUGUAUUUGCAAGAACGGGUCGAACUGCGCUGUCCGCUCGGGAUGACGGGGUUCAUUCGACGCACGCUGACACGGGCGCAUCGGGAGUUGGUGGCUCGUCUGGGCCAAAUGGACCAACCUUGGGGAGACGAAUAG